AUGACCUUCACUACGAGUUUACGCAGGCGAUCGGCUUUUCAGAUAAUAGAUUUGGACAGAAAGACCAAACAAUUAGAAGAUGUGUUGGUCAACUUGCAAAGCUGUAGCGAUGCUGUUGACGAAAAUGAUAUCAAGCGUACGCAAGCAUUCAAAGCUAAUCGAGAGGUCACUGAGAAUGCUAUAAAGCGAUUGAAGCAAGAGCAUGAUUUGGUGGUGGAUCGUCGCGCAAAAGUAAACAAAAUCAUCGAAGGUCUUGUGCAAGCUAUUGCUAAGGCAAAGCGACGUCUAGUUUCGACUCAUAAUAUCCGUAAUCAGUCCUACGCUGACUUGUUCAAGAAAGGUGUUCCAAAGAACCAGUUGGUAAGCGCAAUAGAAAUCUCUACGAACAUGCUGGAGAAGGAAUCGUUGCAAGCAAGUGAAUUGCUGGCGGAUUUGCCACUGUUAUGGGAGCCUGAGCAGUGA